UGAUCAAUAUUAUCCACUAUUAUCCGACCAAGCUUAUAGGUGUUUUGCGUGCCGUGUGCAAAUCUGAGUCAGUGGACUUUACCGGCUCGUGUGUUGUGUAGUCGGGCCUUCAUUCGGGAAGGAGAGGGAGCGAAGGAUACCACCAGUAGGUUUUAAUUGCUGAUACAACUGAACUGUCAAAAUGUCCGUGCUUACUCUAGAAGCUAAGCUAGAGAGGACGGAUAGAGGAACGCCAUGGGGCUUUCGUAUGCAAGGAGGAAAGGACUAUGCGUGCCCCUUAACCAUUCAAAGAGUUACACCCGGGAGUCUGGCAGCUAAGUGUGGCCUUCAAGCGGGAGAUAUCAUUCUGAAAAUAGGGAAUGCAGCUGCUGAGCCAUUGAAGCAUAAGGAAGCACAGGAUAUCAUUGUAUCCUGCCCUAACAGAUUGGACCUGCUUCUGCAAAGAAUUAAAGAAAAGAAAAGUGAACCAGUUAACAGAGGUGGCUCAACUAUCCAGCCAGCAUAUGACAAAUUUCCCGUCAACCAGUUUGCGGGAGGACAAAGCCCAGGACAGGGAAGUUUCCAGUCCUCACAGAACUUCAAUGCUGCCCCCAAGCCUUUUGGGGCGCCAUCUCCGGCCGCCCCUGCUGCUGCCCCUGCUGCUGCCCCCAGUUUCAGUAGCCCCAGUGUCAGUAGCCCCAGUGUCAACAGCCUGUCUCAGCAGACACAGAACAUGAACAUCUCAAGCCAGACACCCGACUACCUUAACGCUGCACAGCGGUAUACGGAGAGGGAGGCGGCGCCAGACCCCACACAGAACCAAUCAAGAUCUUUCAAAUUUCUUCAAGGUCUCAUGGACAGUGGACAAGACCAAUGGGCAGCAGCUGAACCUGUCCAGGCUUGGCGCAGCGGUGGAGGAGUAACACCUGGACAGGCAGCUGGAGGAGCCAAACACUCUGGAUGGGCUCCACCUAAGCCAGCCCCAGGCCCAGCCCCAGCCCCAGCCCCAGUGCCGGCCAGUACCCCUGCUGCCAAGCCAUGGGCCCCCUCAGCCCCUGCACCACCACCUCUUGGCCCAGCCAAGGGGGCACCCAUGGGAGGACCUAUGGGAGGACCCAUGGGAGGACCUAUGGGAGGACCUAUGGGAGGACCUAUGGGAGGACCUAUGGGCCGAGGCCCUGUGCCCAAGCCUACCGGCAAGGGAGCAACAAAGUUUAAAAAGGGUGAUGCUGUGGUGCGCCAACAGGGAGCAACUGGAGCUGACAUUCCCAGAGUGGCCACCUGUGCCCAGUGCGGGAAUACCAUUAGAGGUCCAUUUGUGGUUGCCAUGGGCAAGACGUGGUGUCCCGAUCAUUUUAUCUGUGCCAACCCCCGCUGUGGUGUCAAGCUGAUUGACAUCGGCUUCGUGGAGGAGGGCGGCUAUCUCUACUGUGAGCGAGACUACGAGCUGUACUUUGCCCCCAAAUGUACUAAGUGCAAUGCUGCCAUUGUUGGAGAAUGUGUGAAUGCUCUGCAGAAGAGUUACCAUCCUCAGUGUUUCCUGUGCUUCCAAUGCAAGCAGCCCAUUGGUGGAAACCAGUUCCACAUCGAGGACGGAAACCCUUACUGUGAGAAAGAUUGGAACGCCAUGUUCCAGACAAUGUGCUCUGGGUGCAGCUUCCCCAUUGAACCCGGCGACAAAUGGGUUGAGGCCAUGGGCAAGAACUUCCAUUCAGAAUGCUUCAACUGCUCGACUUGCCAAAUUAGUUUGGAAGGUGCUCCUUUCUAUGUCAAGGCUGGAAAGCCCUUCUGCAAGAAACAUGUACGAUAGAACAACACUGGAAGAUACAAUAAUUAUUCUGACAAUACAACUGUUGACUAAUAAGUAAAGAUAAGUUCUGGCUGAAGGACUGGGUUAUUCCACGGACGAUGGUUUGCGGUGCCUUGUGGUGAAAUGGAUAGCUAGCUAGGGUCUUGGUUUUCACUCCAUCCUCAUUUCAAUAAUUCCUUUUUAGCCAAUAAAACAUCAUGUUACUGUGUGCCUUGAUUAUAUAAGCAUACAGUUUAUAUAAAUAUCUUUUUGAAAUGCAUAAAAUAUGCAUAAAAUGUCAAGUGUUUUUUUAACAUGUAGUCCUGAUUUGGAGUCUUUGAUCUUUUCCUGUCAAUAAAUGGAUAUUUUUCAAAUUCUAUAGUUUGAUACUGUUUUACACAUACAUGUGAAAGAAGUAGGAAUUGUGAAGUUUUAUUAUAAUAAAAUUGAAAAAAAUGAAUUAGUAUGCAUGUUUGGCAAUAAGUCUUGAAUAAAUGAGAUUUCUUGUGUAUGAAUGACAUUUGUUAGGUUGUUAUUUUUUAAUAACUGUUCGCAUAUAUCUGUUGAUAUAUCUCCUGAUUUGAAUAUUGAAAGGUGUCAAAAGAUAUGAGUAUUUGGACUUAUCUCAGAGAAUGAAUAUCUUUAAAAAGCGAGAUAAAAAAGCACAAGGCACAAUCUGUUAAUCUGAUUGGUUAAUUCAGUCUUUGUGUGCAGAAUGUGUAUAUAAACCAAUGUCUAAAUCUGUGGGAUUAGCCAAAUGUAACAUUGAAAUAUGUUUUAGGAGAAAAGUAUCUUCUUUGUGUGCCUUGUGAUCUUGUUUGCUACAAACUGCCAUAACGCUUCUUCACCAAUGAAACAGCCAUUCAACUUAAGUUGUGUUUCGUAAGUUAAAAAAUGAAGCAUACAAUAACAUACCAAAUUUUGUAUCGCCUAGUAACCCAAGUAACCGUCAACAUUAACAUAUCAUUUGCCUGGUUUUAGAGAUAUAUAUAUUAGUUCCUGUGGUAUAUAAACCAUAUAUCCGUGUUUGAUUAAUUUUAAAAGUUAUGAAUUACUGUGUUCUAGGCAUAAGUUAAUCAUAUUUAUCUGAUAUAUGAAUAUUUCUUGAGAUCUCAUGUUAUAUGCUAAAUGAAAAAUAACGUUAUUUCUGUGGAUGCAUUUGCAUAAUUUUCAUAUACCAGCAUUAAAGAAUUAAAUAUUUUGUCCAAUGUGAAUUGUGACAUUUUUUUUUUAUUGUGGGGGUGGGGGGGUUUGUUGUGUUUAGAAAGAGAGUUUAUUGUUUCAAAAUUUCCAUAUGCGUCGUGUUGAAUGAAUAUCUUAGGAUCUAAUUAAUAGUAUGAAGUUUUAAAUGACUUGUGAAUAUUCCACAUUCAUAUGCUUCAAUGUGUAGUUUGAGUUCUGCGUACAAACCUAUGUGUAAUUACUGUAUAUAUAUAUAUAUGCUGUUGACACCUAUUCUUACCUCCCCUGCAUAAUGUCUUCACUUGUGUAUAUAGGCCUUGUAGAUAGUUGUCGACUCUUCUCUUCUUGCUUUCUAUCAGGGUCUCUACAAUAUAUGCAAAUCUUGUAUUUUUAACCUAUUUAUAUAGAUAUAUUGUACAAAGAUUAUACAAUGUUGAUAUACAAAUUUCUAAGUAAUUUAUGACUUUUUUAAGUUUGCCUCGAGCAAUAUGUACAAUUUUUAUGACCUUUGCAAGAAAUACUAUUUUCUUACAGCCUUUUCGAUCAUCUUUUCUGCUUGAGUUCAGGUGGCCUAAAUUUAAAAGACAUAUGCAAUUUUGAAAUGAUUUUCAACUUAAUAUAUGUAUGCCAAAACAUUUUUGUACGAUUUAUUGAUUUCAUUUAUCAUCUAAAGAAAUGGUCACACAAGUGGAACUAGUAGCUAGGAACACAGUAUGUUGUGACAGCAGAGGUGUGACUGUUUCAAUAUGGAUGCCAUUAGAGCAGGUUUUACACUUGCAACAAUUCCCUUGUGUUGGACUUUUGUCAGUUUAGCACCUCAGUUUUUCAUAAUGCUGUAUGAAAUGUUACAGUUGUUAUAGUCCAAAUAUUUUCCUGAAAUUUUCACCUUGUUUUUGGCUAUUACCCAAAUGUUUGCCUAAACCUGUGCAUGAUUUGCACCGAAGAAUGAAAAGAAACUUUUAUGACAUGGGUUUAUGGAAUGAAUCUCCUUCAAAAAUAAAAUCAUUUCCAUGCAUUAUGUGAGGGGUUUAUCAAACACUCAAGCACAUGUGUUCUCAAGGAUGGUAUAUAGUACCCAUUGUUUGCUAAGGAACACACCUUUGACUAUACGUGACUGGUCUUUAACAAGUGUUGGGUAGUAUAAAUGAAAGUCGUGCAUAUGGAUGUAGUGAUGAAAAAUUACAUGAACAGAGACAAGUUGCAGAAUUAUUACAGAGGAUUUGACAUGAAUCUGAAUAUGUCAGAAAUGGGUGGAAUCUUGACAGAAAAUUAUUCAUGAAAGAUGAUGUAGUGUACGAUUUGCCUGAAGUCAUCUCAAUGAAUAUUUUGCAUGGUACUCAAGGGGUUGGUGCAGUAUAGGAGAUAUUGCAUGGAGGUUGAUGUGUUACUGAAUAUAUCACACAGAAGCAAUUGCGUUAUUGAAUAUAUCGCCAGGAAACUGAUGCGUUAUUGAAUGUUUCGCAAAGAAGUUGAUGCGUUAUAGAAUAUAUCGCCCCUAGAAGAUGUUAUAUAAGGCUUGCUCUGUUGUAUACAUUGCAUACAGUGUAUAUAUAUAGUCCACAUGAUGAAUAUACCUUGACAUGAUGGUAGUACGAAGGGCUGUUUUGUUUGUUUAUUUUAAAUCUUGAGUUUGAUCCCAUCUGUGUGGCUACAUAGGUGAACACACCCAGAUAUAACAUUGAGAUCCUCGUGUUUGGAUGCAAAUUAAUACUGAACUGUCCUUGAACAGAACUCCUUGUAAUAUUUGAUAGUUACUUUCCAACCAUAUCAUGUUCCGAGUAAUAAACGCAAGGAAUAAUA